AUGGACUUGCCUUUCACAACACUCGAUGUAUUUACAAAGACACCAUUCCGAGGCAACCCACUGGCCGUCGUGACCAUUCCACCACCAAGUCAGCGACCUCCUCUCACCCAAGCCCAGAAGCAAGCCAUCGCUCGGGAAUUCAAUCUCUCGGAAACCGUCUUUGUUCACGAUGUCGAUGCUUCCUCGGCAUCGUCGGAGAGGGUCAUCAACAUCUUUACGCCUGAUCGUGAAUUGCCCUUUGCUGGUCAUCCAACUAUCGGCACGGCGGUUUUCCUCAAAUCUCAGGGUGUAGAGACUCUUAUCGCCAAAGCGGGAAGAAUCGAAUGUCAGUUCGGGCAGGAUGGUUCUGCACGCGCUGCAAUCCCUCACAACGUCCGGCUUCACCAGCAACAGCUGAGCCGAGCCGAGUACACCGAUUCAGAUGAGAAACUCGCCCAGCUUGCCGCGGCUGAGGAAGGCGCUCGUCUUUUCAGUAUCGUCAAAGGCAUGACGUUUGCUCUUGUUCAGCUGCCAUCGUUGGAGCUUCUUGGAGCUGCCAAGAUUGGAGCCAUGGGAUAUCUCUCCGGCGAUCUGCAAGACGAAGGAUGGCGCACUGACUUUGACUCGAGGCGCUACUACUUCGUACUCACGGGCCACGAGACAGCACCUGAUGGAAAGAGGUUUGUGCAAAAGGUCAGGACGAGACUCGUGAAGCGCGCAAUGGAAGAUCCAGCUACAGGUAGCGCCGCAUGUGCCCUGUCUUGUUACUUGGCCUUGCAUGUCUUGUCUGCCGACUCUGUCAGAGUUGAGAUCACCCAGGGCGUUGAGAUGGGUCGGGAGAGUCUCAUCGUGGUGGACGUCGAGGUGCAGGUGCUGCCUUCAGGAGAGCGUGAGGUAAAGACUGUUCACCUCAGUGGAACUGCGGUGGAAGUCAUGAGCGGAAUUAUCAGGGCCAAACUCGUCGAUUCAGACUAG